UCAUUUCUCCAACGUGGCUUUCCCAUCUAUAUUCCAAUUCCAAAGUCUAGUCUUCACAAAUCAAAAUAGUAAGCACCAAGUUUCACUCCCACUCUUGACAAUCUGUGAACAUAAUCAAUGGCAGCAACAACAAUGGCAAUGAUGAUCAACUCAAAGUGUCUAAACACAACCAUACCCAAGUUACAAAACCCCACCACAACCACUAAACUAACCACAAAUUUCAAAGCCACCACCAUUCAGAAUCUACCAAAGGGUCUAUUCUCUUCAAUUGAGAACACCAACGUGGUUUCACCUUCCAUUGCAAUCGCGGGCGCACUAUUCUCGUCCCUUGCAACCUGUGACGCAGCUUUCGCAGCUCAACAAAUAGCUGAAAUUGCGGAAGGUGAUAACAGAGGAUUAGCUUUGUUGUUGCCAUUGGUUCCAGCCAUAGGAUGGGUUUUAUUCAACAUUCUCCAGCCAACUUUGAACCAAAUCAACCGUAUGCGUAGCACAAGAGGGGUGAUUAUUGGGCUUGGGCUUGGACUUGGUGGGCUUGCAGCUUCGGGUAUGAUGUCAGCAUCUGCUAGUGAAAUGGGUCUGAUUGCUGAUGCUGCUGCAGCUGGAAGUGACAACAGGGGACAGCUUCUGUUGUUUGUGGUUUCACCAGCUAUUCUUUGGGUGCUUUACAACAUUUUGCAGCCAGCUCUCAACCAGAUCAAUAGGAUGAGAUCUGAUUAAACUAUGGGAUUUUUGUGAAAUGCUUUCUUGUAAAACUUGCUUGUAACUUGUAUCUAAUGCUCUCCCAUUCACUAUAUUAUGUGUUGUAUAUCAAAAACAUGGCUUUCUACUUACCCUUACCACCUUUUCCAUUUUCUUUUUUUGAGAUAAUCUCAAUCUCAAUUUAAA